GUGGGAACCAAGCACCAAAGAAGACGGGAGGCCAGGUCCACUGAUGGCUGUCUCCCUCUUCUCUGUAGCCCUCCCCAACCCCUAAGCAGCCCAGCCCCAGCAGAAGAGGCCUGGGCACAGGAAUGGAUUGCUGCUAGAAACCUGGCUUCAGCUGGAGGAAGUCGGAAGGCUGGGCUGAUGGCUGCGCAGACAGAGCUGUGUUUAUCCAGGAAAAGAGGUAGGACGUAGGCAGCAGAGGCCCCUGCCAGCACCUCCCAGAAGGACUGCGCUGGGGGAGCAAGCUGGAGAGGAAGCUGCUCCCCUCUGGCUCUGAACGUGUCAGGGCCUGAGGCCAGAACCCAGAGGCGACCCACAGGUAAGGCCUGCACUCCGGGCGCGCGAUGGAGAGGGUCGCGGGCUUGGAUCCCAGGGCGGACGGUCGGAACACGGUGCUCUUGGUGGCCCCGCGCAGGGGUGAGGCGAUCGCAUGCUGGCCGAGCCUUUCGGAGACUGCUCUGGGGUUGGCGGAGAAUCAAUGCUGCCUUUGUGCUCAGAGAUUUCCUAGGGAGAAAAGGAGUGGGGAGUGGGAGGGGCGACCCAACGGCCCGGCCCCGCCCCGCAGACACGGGAUGCGGUAGGGCUGGGAGGCGCGGGAGCUGGAGGGUCAGAGCUACCGGGGGUGGGAUUCUGUGCCCCCGGGAGGUGCGUCUCCUUGAACCAGCCCUGGGUGCCCUGAGGUCAGUAGCCAGGUGUGUCCCCUGGCUGCCAGGGGCAGAAGUGAGUCCUCUUCUGGCUUCCAGCUACUCGAGGAGGGGAGGGAGGAGCCAGAGGAGGCAGGUGGGGCUAGGACUGAAGGAUGGCUCAGGCCAGAGAAGCUUGCGCCGGGGCAGCCUGGCAAAGGGAGGGAGUCCAGAGGAGCGCCAGACUGGUUCCUGGAGGAAAACCCGUCUUCGAAAUGGGCGGGGGAGAAGGGUGUGAGCCCGCCUAGGACGAGGUGUCCCUUCCAGGGGAUUGGGAUCUGGGUCCUUUUGCUAUAACGCGGUUAUUAUCCUAUUUGUCCUAAUAGUACCCUAGGGUUCUAGUGGGUGUGUUGGGCCCUCUAAAGUCAGGGGCACAUCUUUAGUACCAAUGGGAGAAUCUGUGUGCUUGGUGACCGAGGCCCGUAUCUGAAAAUGUGACUGGACCUGGUUCCCUCCAUUUCUCCCCAUCCUCCCAGGCUUCACCACCCUUUCUUUUUAUCCUCAAAUAGGGGUCUGCGCUCCCAGUGGGUCCGGAGACAGGGGCGCGGUGGCCGACCGUCCGGUGUACCCCAGCAUCAUCCACCUCUGACUCCUCUUCUCUCCUCGCUUCGCCCCGCUCCGCCCAGCACUCCCAUUUGAGACUUGGGAUUGGGAUCCUCUCGGCCCUGCGGAAUUCGGAAUUCCAUUACCCAGCCCACCGCAUGUGGCUCUUGGAAAAAGCUGGCUAUAAGGUGGGGGCCGCGGAACCUGGGGCCCGCUGGGCGCUCUCGGGCCUGUUCUCCAAGCGUCGCGCCCCGGGCCCGCCCACCGGCGCCUGCCCCAACGUCCUCACCCCGGAUCGCAUCCCGCAGUUCUUCAUCCCUCCUCGGCUCCGGGAUCCCGGCGGCGCAGAGCCCGCGGCCCGGCGGGACUUGGCCGGGCGCGGCCUCCCCGCGGCCUGCUCGCUGCCUCACCUGGCUGGUCGCGAAGGCUGGGCCUUCCUGCCCGAGAGCCCGCACACGCGCCGGCGCGAGUCCCUGUUCCACGCGCCGCCGCCCGCCCUGGCCGCGGAGCUCCCCGCGCCUCAGUCCCGACUGCACGUCUCCGCCCCGGACCUGCGCCUCUGCUGGGCCCCCGACAGCGACACGGCCUCGUCGCCGGACUCGUCGCCCUUUGGCUCCCCGCGGCCGGGCCUGUGCCGGCGCCAGGUGCCCAGGCCGCACUCGCUGUCCCCAGAACCCGCGAGCUCGGCGGACACCAGCCCGCACCCGCCGCGCCGCGCUGGGCCGCCCACGCCGCCGCUCUUCCACCUGGACUUCCUGUGCUGCCAGCUGCGGCCCACGCGCGAGAGCGUGCUGCGCCUGGGGCCCCGCGGCGGGCAGCUGCGGCUCUCCACCGAGUACCAGGCCGGGCCCGGGCGGCUGCGGCUGCGCCUGGUGAGCGCCGAGGACCUGCCCAGGCCGCGCUCCCGCCCUGGGAGCGGCGGCGGCGGCUGCUGCGUGGUGCUGAGGCUGCGGCCCCGCGUCCGACCGCAGGAGCAGCGGAGCCGCGUGGUCAAGUGCAGCGCCAACCCCAUCUUCAACGAGGAUUUCUUUUUCGACGGGCUCGGGCCGCCGGACCUGGCCGCCCGCAGUUUGAGGGCCAAGGUGCUAGACAGGGGCGCGGGACUUCGCAGGGAUAUGCUGCUGGGGGAAUGCGAGACGCCCCUCAUUGCGCUGCUGCCCCCGCUGGGUGCGGGACUAGGUCCCGGGUCCUCCCUGGCGCCCACCCAUCUCAGCCUGUAGACGAGCCCCUGGCUUCCUCAGCACGUCUCCACUGAGUCUGCGGUCCGCAUUCUUUCCGCCCUGCCUGGCUUGUAUUUAUUUUUGCUAAUAAAGUG